AUAAUCAUCUUAUCCCCGAAAAGAAUUACCGUGGAGCAGCACAUGAAGGGUGUAAUAUAAAUUCUAAGGAUAGUCACAUGAUUCCUGUAGUAUUUCACAAUCUGAGUGGAUAUGACGCUAAUUUUCUGAUACAAGAUAUUGCCACAAGAAUGGAAGGGAAAAUCGAUUUGUUACCGAUAACCAAGGAGAAAUAUAUCAGUUUCACCAAACACUAUGAUGAUUAUCACAUUAAUUUCCGAUUCAGUUAUAGUUUCCGAUUCAUGGCUUCCUCUUUAGACCAAUUGGCGUCCUAUUUAGAAGAGUUUCCGAACUUGAAAUCACAAUUUCCUGAGGAAUCUGAAGAACAUAUCAGUCUUCUUACGCACAAAGGGGUAAUGCCAUAUGAUUAUAUCAAUUCCUAUGACCGAUUCGAUGAAACUUCUCUUCCACCUAUUGAAGCAUUCUAUAACAAAUUGGAUGGUAGGAAAUGUCCACGAAGAAGAUAUGAGAGAGCACAACUUGUGUGGAAUAAAUUCAAAUGUCAGAAUUUGGGCCAAUACAGCGAUCUCUACAUGAAAACUGACAUUCUAUUCCUGGCUGACGUAUUUGAACAAUUUCGAUCGAGCUGCCAUAAGACUUAUGGAUUAGAUCCUGCGCAUUAUUUUACUUUACCAGGAUAUACAUGGGAUGCAAUGAUGAAAUAUACAAAACAGGAAUUAGAACUUCUCACAGAUGUUGAUAUGUUUUUGUUCGUUGAAAGAGGAAUUCGAGGCGGCCUUAGUCAAGUAUGUAGUAAACGGCGAGCACAUGCAAACAACAAAUAUAUACCCAACUAUGAUUCAUCUAAACCAGAAAAUUACCUCAUGUACUUUGAUGUUAACAAUCAAUAUGGAUGGGCAAUGUCACAAUGUCUACCAUACGGCGGUUUUCAAUGGUGUGAUAAAAAUAUCGAUGUGACCCAUAUCCCGGAUGAUGCUCCGGAAGGAUAUAUUUUAGAAGUUGACCUCGAGUAUCCUAGAGAAUUGCAUGAAAAACACAAAGAUCUACCUUUCUGCCCAGAACAUUAUAAUUCUAAAACUCAAACACCAUGUUAUGCAUCUCAGCAAAAUGCAAAACUUAUGGCCACAUUACAUCAAAAGAAGAAAUAUGUCAUCCACUAUAGAAAUCUAAAACAAGCAUUGAAGAAUGGCUUGAUUAUAACAAAAAUACAUCGAGUGCUCAAGUUCAAGCAAUCUACAUGGCUCAAGUCUUAUAUCAACCUCAAUACAGAUCUGAGAAAGAAUGCCAAAAAUGAGUUCGAGAAGAAUCUCUUUAAACUGAUGAACAACGCUGUUUUUGGAAAAACGAUGGAGAAUAUUCGGAAAAGGGUUAAUGUCCACCUUCUAACAAAAUGGAAAGGACAAUAUGGGGCGGAAACUUAUAUCUCCAAACCUGAAUUCAAGAACUCUGUUAUUUUCAAUGAGAACUUUGUAGCUGUCGAAAUGCGAAAGCUGCAGAUCUAUUUAAACAAGCCAAUUUAUGUGGGAAUGAGUAUCUUGGAUUUGGCUAAAACUACUAUUUAUGACUUCCAUUACCACUAAAUGAAUGAAGCUUUCAGUGCUGGCUGCACCAUCUUAUAUACUGAUACCGAUUCUCUCAUUUAUGAGGUCUCUGAAGAUCCUUAUAAAAGAAUUAAACUUGACUGUUAUGAAAGAUUUGAUACCUCAGAUUAUCCCAAGAAUAAUACCUACGGUAUUCCUCAAGUUAAUAAAAAGGUAUUAGGAAUGAUGAAGGAUGAAAACAAUGGAAUACCUAUGACCGAUUAUGUUGGUCUCAGAUCCAAACUGUAUGCUGUGAAAACUUCU